AUGUUAUUUGUCAUUUGGUUUCUAUUAUUUGAUCAACGAAUAGCAUUUCAAACAACAGACACUUAUUUAGAAUCUAAUGAAGACUAUUCAUAUGAAGAUAGUUCUAUUGCAACUGAGAGUAACGUUUUCUCGAAUCACACUUCUUCUGUUCGAAAUUCAACGGAGAUUUACUUAAAAAAAGAAAUGCACAAUUCUUCAUCAUCAUCAGAUGAUGAUGUGAUUGAAUUGAAUGUUAGCGGUGAAAGGAUAUCAACUUUACGAUCAACUCUUACUGCUAUACCUAAUUCAAAAUUAGCGCUGAUGUUCACAAAAGAUAAUCGAAACGUAUGGCAAUUAAAAGAUAAAGAGGAUGUAGUUUUUUUUGAUUAUAAUCCUGUUCAAUUUAAAUAUUUGCUUGAUCAAUUGAGAAUGAUCAAACGUACACCAGAUAUAUCUCCUGAUGAUAUUACAUUUCAAGCACCACAAGGAGAUAUACAAACAAAUUUUUCUUACAUGAUCGCAGAUCUUGGACUAAAUGCUGAACGAUUCUUGUCGCCUCUCGCAGCUUGCAACAGUAGAAAACUUCUUGUCGCAUGUCGUCCUGCUAAUAACAAUAAGAUGUUAACUCUAGCCGGUAUUGGCAAAUGGAAAGAUCUUUUUCGUCCAUGUUCAUCAAAUACUUAUUGUCAGAUUGAAAUAAAGAAUGAUAUAGGUUUCUACUACGUACAAGAUCAAGCUUGGGGAUUUGAAGGACAUUCGCAGAUCAAUUUGAGUUAA